GGGGGGAAGGCGUCAAUUUCCCAUUCUCUUCCUUCUCCUCAUUCUUCUCAUUCUCCUCAUUCUCCUCACCUCCUCGUCCAUCUCCUUCCUCUUCUCUGUCCAUAACACUCACAACGACGACAAGACGACUGACUCCCGACACGACCUGACGACCUGACGACUUUCUAGCCUUCGAAGGCUCUGAGUGGCGAGAGCCACUUCAGCCUCUGCCAUCAUGCCCCCCGUGCCCACAAGCAGUGAGAGCUCCACCCAUGGAGCCACCAUCGCGGUAGGCGUUGGCGUCGGCGUUGGCCUCGCCCUCCUGAUUCUCCUCGUGGUCGCCGUUGCGUUCAUCAUCUGGCGACGACACAUGCAGGCGUACGACAGCAAACCUCGGGAGAUCCAUCGCUACGCAUCAGCCAAGUCCCCGCGGGAACCGACUCAUGUCACCCCACUGCCACAGCAUGGGCGCCGCGAGUCGGAGCAGAGUGAGAACGAACGCCGCGGUCUCCUUCGCUCUAGCCCCGAAAUUCACCUGCCUAUCUGGGAGCAGCGGCACACCCUUCCGCCCACCGACUCGCCUCCCUCGCUGUACAAUCCGUCGCCGACCAGCACGCCAGAGUUGCGCCGGGUCUACUUCAGCCUCCCAGGCGGAACUCACCUGGGGCUGGAGCUGCCGGACAUCCAACCUAGUGCAGAGCCCUCCGUUGAUGCGUCAUCGAGCAGGCAUACCCCCCGCUCGAUGUCCUUGCCUCCUCCGCCCAGGGGGGGGAAGCCUGUGGACACGGGCAAAAAUCGCGCUUCACUGCCUGCUAUCAGCGAGAAGAGCGUAUCACCCGAGCGCAAUGCACAGUGGUUAGACCUUAGCAAGCGGCCUGACCUCCUCCCGCCCAUCUUCCUCCCGCCCCAUCUCCGCCCCGAGGCGUCCCAGCCUCAACCUCAUCCUCAGCCGAUUCGUGCCGCGACAGCGUCUGUGGAUGCAGCGCGGGCGAGCCAGACAUCGAGAUCGUCUGUAGGGCUGAGUAAGUUCGCCGCUGAGUGGAGGGAGAAUGCGGCCCAGUCGGAUGCGACCCCACGCCUGUCGGUCAGCGCCGCGCCUGUACCGCAAGUCGAGGCCACAGGUGCCUGUAUUCCAGUCUGCAUGGAGAAGCUCAAGGACGAGCCGUCGACCUCGGACAACAUCGCCCGUCUUCGCCUGCAGUCCUUCGCGUCGGCCUCAGGGUCCCUCUCGACGGGCAGCGUGUCAUCCGAAGGCGCUCUCGAGAUGCGUAGCCAGCUCUGCUCGUCCCUUCAGUUUCCAAUACCGCAGCCGCUCGCCGUCCCGAAAGAGGUCAAGCGUCACCAGCCGAUCCCCACGCACUAUCUCCCGAGGGUCCAGGCGACAUCUGUCGCGAUCGAAGAGGAGGGCGAACCUUCUCCGACGAAGUACCGCGAGCAGUGGGGGAAAUGGCUCGCGUCGCACACCAGUAUCUCGGCCGCACGAUACCCCACAUCCCGGCGUUCAAAGGCGACCAACUCCCAUGGACAAUCGACACUGCGUCGCCCUGACGCCGACCGCCUUGCGGCACUUCACUCGCCGAGUUGUUCGGAGAUCAACUGGCUGCAGACGCGCGUCCGCUACUCGACCAUUUUCGGCGUCGGCAACUGGCGUCCCACCCCGAGCCGCCUUCGCGACGAAGUGCGGUGUCUUUCGGAAGAGCCCCGCUUCCUGCCGGUCACGGAGGAGCCGGAGGCGCCAUCCGUCUUGUUUGGCUGCCUGGAAGAGGCACCCGCGCCGAAAGAGGGGGGUCGUCUCCGGCCCCCGCUCCCGCCAGUUCGGCUCACGACGCCCGCGCGCUCCAAGGGGGCGCGCGCCCCACGCUAUGAGGUGCCUAGUCGUGAAAUGAAGGUCGAGCGGUUCGGCCACACGGGCUCGCUCUGUGCGGGUGGGAUGCCGACGCGCGCAGCUCUCCCCUCGCAUUAGUACCAUGCGCAAGGCGGGUGGUUUCACGUAGCUCGGCAUCGACGUAUUGGCACCGCAUCGCAAGAAACAACAGCUGAAUCAUACACCCACCGCCGGUUGUGCCAACCACGCGACAUCGACAUGUACUGGCGACCCCGCACUCAUCAUCACACGCGCUCACUGCCGCCAAACCCGCUCAUAUCAUCGUCACGCGCUCAUUGCCGCCGAACCCGGUCACCAUUGCGCGCACUCAUCGCCACCGCACGCGCGCAUCAUCGUUCGCACUUAUCGCCGCACACGCCACAACAUAGCCCAUAGCCCGAAGCCCGAAGCCCAAAUCUCCAAUGCAGCAGUUUCAUC